CGAAAGCAGAAGAAAUCGGCCGCGCAGUCAUUCUCAACGCUCCCCGAUUUCAGACGAACUUCCUUCGUUGCCCUCGCGUGAGCGACGAAAUCACCGAACGCGGACACCGAAUAUGCCGGCCACCAGAAGAAGAUCCCGAGGGCAAAUCAGGAAAGAUGCGUAACUUCGUUGUCGUCCUCCGCUUCCCUUCGCCCCCGACAAGUCGCUGCGGCUCUCAAUCGCCAUAAUAAAAAGUCCACGAACGACGCCGCGACAGACCAGAAUCGAGUUUCGAAUUCGAGCGACGCGGACGAGAAUCUCGCGAUCUCUCUCUCUCUUUCCCUAUCCCGUUUUGAUCGCGCGUGAUUGUUUGCGUACAUGAAAGGAUAUGGAGCGGAGCGGGUCGUGGUUGAGGGCGAUGGUUGUUCUGACGUGCUUGGUUGCCGCAAGUGGGGCGAGAGAACUCAGAGUGAGGUCCAAGGCUCAUAAAGCUGUUUACAAUCACACUCUUGCCACGAUAUUGGUGGAGUAUGCAUCGGCCGUUUACAUGUCAGAUUUGACAGAACUUUUAAGUUGGACAUGUCCUAGAUGUGAUGGAAAGACCAAGGGGUUCGAAGUCAUUGAACUGAUAGUUGACGUUCAGCAUUGCUUACAGGCAUAUGUUGGAGUGGCCAAGGACCUUAAUGCUAUGGUUAUAGCUUUUAGAGGUACCCGAGAACAUAGCAUACAAAAUUGGGUUGAAGAUCUCUAUUGGAAACAGCUUGACAUAAAUUACCCCGGCAUGCCUGGUGCCAUGGUUCAUCAUGGAUUCUAUUUUGCUUAUCACAAUACGACAAUUCGACCUGGUAUUUUGGAUGCUGUUAUUAGAGCCAAGGAUUUAUAUGGAGACAUCAACGUCAUGGUGACAGGGCAUUCUAUGGGAGGGGCUAUGGCAUCCUUUUGUGGACUCGAUCUUGUGGUCAAUCAUGAAGCACGGAAUGUUCAGGUUUUAACAUUUGGACAACCUCGUAUUGGCAAUGCAGUUUUUGCAUCUUACUACAGUGACCGUGUGCCAAAUACCAUACGUAUUACUAAUGGACAUGAUAUCGUGCCUCAUUUGCCUCCUUACUAUUCUCGGUUCCCACAGAAGACUUACCAUCACUUCCCUAGAGAGGUAUGGCUGUAUAAUAUAGGAUUUGGUAGUCUGGUUUAUCAGGUCGAGAAAGUUUGUGAUAGCUCUGGAGAAGACCCAUCAUGUAGCAGAUCGGUAACUGGUAACAGCAUCGCGGACCAUUUAGUCUACUAUGGCGUGGGAUUAAUGGCUGAGACAUGGGGAUCAUGCAAAAUCGUAAUGGACGCACGAUUGAAGGAAUAUGGAGGUGAAGAUGUCAAAGGAAAUCUUUUGCUUUCUAGGAAUCCUUCUGCGUCUACAUUGAAGCUGCCUUCAGAUUCUGAUGCCAAGAGCAACUUCAGUUAAAAUGCUCCUGGGUCAGCACCUGGUUUCUCAAAGAUUAUCAGGGACCUCUGUGAUGAAGGUUAUGAAAUGGAUUCCAUCAAUCUGUUGGCCACAUCCAUCACAAGACGCAUAAGAGCUCUACUCAAAUUCACUCUGAAUGUAAAUAGUGCGAAGUUGAAUGUGUCAUUCUUGUAAAUACAACUCUGUGAUUUCUAUUGAAUGAAUGCGUUCCCUAGUUGACCUCUCAA